AUGACGACUCCAGUUGUACCCACCAUCUCCAGAUGUUCCAGUGGAGGCAGCUUUCGAAAUGCUAUCUCUUUGCCCAGUUCUUGCCAGAGCAGGACUUGGCAACUGGUUACAUGCCAAGACAGUUGUCAGCCACCCAGCCAUGUUCCAGUGAGCAGUGAACCCGUUGCUUGUCAACCUACCUGCCCCCCAGAACUGUCCUGCGUGGGUUUUGUUUGCCAACCUCCAUGCUCACGCACAACGUACCAUAAGCCUGGCACCGAUCAGGCUUCUUGUGCAGGUGCCUCCUGCCAGCCAUCCUGCUUGGAAUCUGCUAAUGAUCAGACACAGUGCAGUGGUGCCAGCCCCUACCACCAGGACGCCUGCCAGGAGUCUGCCUGCGCAUCUGGACCGUGCCAGGCAGCGUGUGGCCAAGCUGUCGGCUGUGAUGCCGGGUCCUGCCAGCCAUCCUGCUCUGAAGCUACUUCCUGUGCUGAAACACCAUGCCUACCAGUCAUCUGCGAGCCUAGUCUGUGCCAACCAACCCACUGCCAAGGAGGCUCUUGCCAACCCGUCGGAGGUGAAGGUCAGCCCUGCGGGUCAGUUUAUUACCAACCCAUCUGCUAUGUUUUCAAGCCUUGCCAAACAGUUCCCUGCAUGCGUGUUUCCUGCCAUCCAUUGACUUGCAUGUUCAGUUCUGGCUGUCAGACUUGUUGCGUGCCCUCCCCUUGCCAGCCUCUUCACUGCCAACCAGCUCCUUCUGUUUCCUUCAUCUGCCAGCCAGUAGCUAACUGCCAGUCCCCUUGUUCUGUAAGGAGCCCUUGUCAAUCAGCUUCGUGUGGCACUGGGCUUUCUGGCCAACCAGCUUGUGGCAUUUCUACUUGCUGCAACCAAAGUGCUUGCAGACCCCCUUCCUGCCAGCCACCAUGCUGCGUGAUGGGUUCAGGCAAAUCCUCCAGUGGUGACUCCAGUUCCUGCCGACUGACUCUUCCAAGUGUAUGUAAGGCCGGCACCUGCUUGCCGACUUCCCGACAGGCCAGCCGUGAGUCCAGCUCCCCCGAGGCCCAGUGUCACUGA